AUGGUGCUGAUCAGGCUGCUAUUCUUCUUCUGGUUCGUGCCUCAAGCAGUGCAUAGGACGCUGAGGACCAAGUGCCUCUUGAUUAGACCCUUUGAGCUCCAAGAGGACUAUUACAGGCCAGGAGACCUCCUUAUUGGUGGAUAUUUGCCCCAUCUCAGUACGAUAGCAACACACGAGUCCUUUGAAAAACGUCCCCAAAACACCCCUUUAUCACGCCCAGUGCCCAAAAACUAUCAACACAUCCUAGCCUUUGUAUUUGCCAUCAACGAGAUAAACAAGGAUCCGGAAGUCCUUCCCAACAUCACGCUGGGCUUCCGCAUCUAUGAGGACACCUACUUCGCAAGAAUGACCUACCGGACAAGCCUGUCAUUUCUCUCCUCAAGGAGUCAACUGGUCCCUAACUACAGAUGCAGCAGACAGGAGAAGCUGCUCUCUGUCAUUGGAAGUCUCUAUUCCAGAAUCUCAAUGCAGAUGGCCUCUAUCUUGGGCCUCUUCAAGGUCCCACAAAUUGACCCCAGUGAAGUCCCACAGUACUGGGGGAUCGUCCGCUUACUUCUGCAUUUCCACUGGAACUGGAUUGGGAUUGUUGCUCCAGAUGAUGACAGCGGUGAAAACUUCAUCCAAGGCAUAACACCAAUGCUUGACCAGAACAACAUCUGUGUCGAGUUCACGAAACGGACCUUGUCAGAAAUCUCAAUAUACCAUACAGCUAUACAUGACUAUAUGAACCUAGCUAUAGCUAUCUUGGAGGGGAAGGAGAAUAUCGAGAACCUGACCCCCUCUGUAUUCGAAAUGAGCAUGACUGGAAACAGCUAUAACAUCUACAAUGCAGUCAACUCCAUGGCACGUGCGCUACAUGCCAUGUACACAUUUGGAUCAAAACCUGCAAUCAUGGGAAAAAGCAAGAGGCUUCUGGAUGUCCAGCCAUGGCAGGUUCAUGCUUAUCUGAGGAAUACCCAGUUCAACAAUAGUGCAGGAGAGGAAAUGUUUGUCGCUGGAAAUGAUGAGAGAUCAGCUGGCUAUGAUAUUCUGAACUUGGCUUUCUUCCCAAAUCAAUCUUCAACUCAAGUGAAAGUUGGAAGAAUGUAUCCUUGGGCUCCCCCAGGCCAAGAUUUCAUCAUAAACGCAGAUGCAAUUGUUUGGGCUACCCAGAAGCUGCCCUCUUCCAGGUGUGUGGAGAGCUGCUUGCCAGGUUCCAGCAGAGCAAUUCAAGAAGGGAAGCCGGUUUGCUGCUACGCGUGCCUCCAUUGUGCAGAAAGGGCGAUUUCUAGCCACACAGAUGCUGAUCACUGCGUCCCAUGCCCAGAAGAUCAAUUCCCAAACAAGAACAAAGACCAGUGUAUCUCCAAGACUAUAAACUUCCUUUCCUAUCAAGAGAUUUGGGGGUUCGUUUUAGCUUCUCUUGCACUUUUGCUGUCUCUGACCACAGCUGUAGUCAUGGCAACCAUGGUUAAACAUCAAGGCACACCAAUUGUCAAAGCCAACAACAGAGACCUCACCUAUGUCCUCCUCAUCUCCCUCCUGCUGUGUUUCCUCUGCUCCUUCCUAUUCAUUGGUCAACCUAGGAAGGUCACCUGUCUUCUCCGACAAACCUCUUUCAGCGUAACCUUCUCUGUUGCCAUUUCAACCAUCUUGGCAAAAACAAUCACAGUGGUUUUGGCCUUCAUGGCUACUAAGCCGGGAAGCAUGGCGAGAGGAUGGUUGAGGGGCAAAUGGGUACAUUCUACUGUUCUAGUCUGUCCCCUUAUCCAAGCUGUCAUCUGUGCUAUAUGGCUGGGAACCUCUCCCCCAUUCCCCAACUUGGACUUCCAUUCCUUGGCCAAGGAGAUCGUAGUAGAAUGUAAUGAAGGGUCGGUCGCCAUGUUCCAUACUGUAUUGGGCUACAUGGGAUUUCUAGCCCUGGUCAGUUUUUGGGUGGCGUAUAUAGCCAGGAAAUUGCCAGACAACUUUAAUGAAGCCAAGUUCAUCACCUUCAGCAUGCUAAUGUUCUGCAGUGUGUGGGUCUCCUUUGUGCCCACCUACUUGAGCACUAAAGGGAAGUUCAUGGUGGCAGUGGAGGUCUUCUCCAUCUUGGUCUCUGGUGCCGGUCUUCUGGGUUGCAUCUUCCUUCCCAAAUGCUACAUCAUUGUUUUGAGGCCUGAUCUCAAUAGCAGAGAUCAUCUAAUGAGGAAAAAGGACAGCAGGACCUGA